UGCUUCACAUGAGAACAAAGAAGUGAGCACUCUGUUUCUGAUACUAUUGUACGACGUACGUACGAUACCACCACGACAACCUGUCGUCAGACGUUGGGGACGUUGGUUGAUGUUGGCUUUACGUCAAUGCUAAGGAAGCUAUUUUAAUUUCGAAUUUCGGAUGACCCUGAUGUUCCCUGUUAAGUGUACGAUACGUGAUAGCACAUCAUCUCAACUAUUGAGUAACAAGGUUGAAAUUAUCAGAAAAACGAAAAAUAAUGUCGAAGAUGAGUGAACCACCAAAAUAUUAUGGGAAAAGAAGGAGUAUUGUACGUAGGAUCGGUUCAAUGUUACCUUUGAAACCACCUCCAAGAAUAUAUGUCAGUGUUACUCCUUUACAUUCAAUGACAAGUUCCAUGAUCAAUGAAGAAAGUAGUGGUGAUCAUAUGGAUACAAAUGGAUAUGGGCCUGCAAGGUUAUCUAAUGUUAGACCAGACUUAUUAGAACCUAUUAGUUUUGGGUCUGAAGUUCGAUUGCUUGCCCUAGAACAAGAACUUCAGGAACUCAGGGAACAAGUCUCAGCUAUUGUUAAAAGUAAUAAACAAUCUAGAUAUACAUCUAGUGCUUCUUUAACAAAUGGCACAGAAAACGAGGAUCUACAACAACCACCACCUCCGCCGCCGCCACCACCACUACCACCGCCAACUCCUCACAUCGCGAGGAGAGCGAGUUUACAAGAACAUAAAGUUGAAGACCGCAAGAGAAGUCCAUUCACAUCGCAAGCAUCCAUGACAGAUGUAUUGAAAGACAUCGAUAAUGUUAAAUUGAAACCGAUCGCUAAAUCGCCUGGUGGGCGAACUCUUCGUUUAAGGCGAGACAACAGUCCAUGUAACGAUUUGCAAGAAAUACUUAGAAGACGCUAUAUCGCUAUGAAUUCGGGUGAUAGUAGAAGUUCUUCGGUCAAUUUGAUGGUCGACGAGUCGUUUCCCAAUGACGCAUAAAGAUAGACUGAAUGUUUUCAUUGUGUGUAAUGAAGAUGUCAUUUAAUAAUUUAGAUGACGUCAGUUCAUAACAAUAUUUAAUUGGUCAGAUUCGUAUGUAUCAAAAUAACAACAUGAAUUUUGGGGAUUAGACAAAAAUCAGAACGUCAUGUGUCUCUAUGCAACCAUUGGUCUUCUAUUGCAAUUUAUGUUUCGAAAACUAAUAUUUUCUCUUCUCAACGAUAUUGAAACGAAUGUAUGUAAACCAACCAAAGAUUACAUAUUGUACAUCGUCCUUAAUCAAAAUAUUGAGUUGUAAACUUGAGUUAUGAAGAAAAUUAGAUAGGAUAUUUUUUAAUCUUCACGAGACGAUAGUCUAAUUACAAUACUUCUGUUUUUCAUAUUAAAUAGAGAUUAUGUAUCAUUUUAUUGAAAUGUGUAUCUAUUAUAUUUUGUACAUCGAGAAUUUAUAUUUUUGUAUCAAUUUAGAUAAGUUGACGAUAGGUGUAAGUAAUCGGUUUGAGUUUGAAGUUAGGACCAAACCUUAAAGUUUGUUACCCAUGUUUCUAUUUUAAGAAAGCGUGUCGACAUUUUGUCGUUCUAUUUCGAUGCAUUCACGCUUAUGUAACUAUUUCAAUCAUUGUUUCAAAAUCUCUUCAUUUAAUGGGAUAUAAUUUACUUACAACAUAUUUCAAAAUUUUUCGAAGUUAUUUAACAUGAUGUAUAUUUGAAUUAUGCAAUGACCAAAACAAUGAUCGGUUUUUAUGUAUAAAAUUGUGUAAAGAAGUUGUAUAAAUUAAAAUUUAUAACCAUUAUUUCGUAUAUAUUUGAUAGUAUAUAUUUGAUAUAUAGUGUAAUAUAUUUGAAUAAUAUAUUACACUAUACAUGUAAUAAGUUAAUUAAGAAGUUCUCAGAUAGAAAUAUAAGCUACAGUUUACAACUCAAUAUCGUACAGAUCUGAUUUUUAAUUUUUAAGAAAGAAUUACGUUCAACCUCCACUUUACUAGAACGAAAAAAGAAAGUAGGUUUGAAUAUUAAUUUAGAGCGCAAUUGCUUAGCCUCUGGGCAAUAGAACUGUAUUAUAAUUUGAAAGAUUAGGUUCAUUUGAAAUUCAGUUCUUUAGACGAGCCUGUUGUGAUAUUAAAGGUCAUAUAAUGACUUCGUAUCCUUAGGUCGUGCCAUAGACAGCAGUAUGAAUAAUCUCAAUAGAUAAAACAAAGAAGAACUUACAUUAGGUCACGCUUGUUAAUACAAUGAAUAGGAAAUGACAUUUUUUUUUACGAAACGUAUUCUCGUAAUUGUAAGUGACCGAACAAUGAAUCGUAUGUGCACGCAUAAUCAGAACGCAUAAUUAAGAUUAGGAAACUCGUCUUUUGAUAUCGUGCACUUGAAACGUUGUUUGAAAACGUUGAUUGUAUUUAUUCAGGUUGAUUUGACUCACAGUCGCACUUAGAAAGUAUUUAAGAAGUGUCUCGCGAGCAUACGAAGAUGACGAUAAUUUCGAUUUCCGAUUUAAGUUAAAAAAUAUUUUCUUUGAUUCUUCUUUGUAUUCUUUAUGAAAACGGCAUAAAGUUCACGCUUUUAACUGUUUUCUGACAUGAAUGUAUGCGAAUAAUGUAACUCUCAGUUGAAAAAAGAAUAUUGUAACCGAUUUUGGAGACUGAGUGUACUUUAACGAUAUUACAAACAUACGGAAGGUCUGUUUUAUACAAGAAGCUUUUAUCAAUAAUUGAAAAAUAAAAUGUUAUUGUUAAACAAUA